AUGUCCAGCACAGCUCCAUCGAAGAAGCCUUACCGCAAGGCACCCCCGCAGCAUCGUGAAAUCCGCCAUGAGGUACCCAUCAUUCGUGACGACCAGGAUGGAGAACCCUUGACGGAUGCAGAAAGGAUGAAGUUACUGCAGCAUGAGAACGAGGAGCUGCGCCGACGGCUGACGUAUGUGACUAACAAAAUGGAGGCGAUGGAGAGGGAGCUGGAGUCAGGUCAGGACUACCUCGAGAUGGAGCUGGGCCAGAACCGUGAGGAGCUGGAGAAAUUCAAGGACAAAUUCCGUAGGUUGCAAAACAGCUACACUGCUUCACAGAGAACCAACCAAGACCUGGAGGAGAAGCUGCAUGCCCUGGCCUCUCUCAGCCAAAGCUGGAUUUUUGCAAUCAAAAAGGCAGAGAUGGACCGCAAGACGCUGGACUGGGAGAUUGUGGAGCUCACUAAUAAAUUGCUUGAUGCCAAAACCACCAUCAAUAAGCUGGAGGAACUCAAUGAACGCUAUCGACAGGACUGUAACCUUGCAGUACAGCUGCUCAAGUGUAACAAGUCCCACUUCAGGAACCACAAGUUUGCUGAUCUUCCCUGUGAACUGCAGGACAUGGUCAAUAAGCAUUUGCACAGCACUCAGGAGUCCGCAGGCCCUGGUCAAGAGGCAGCCCACACCUUGGCUCCAUCUGAUGUUGUGCCCACCUCAGUCAUUGCCAGAGUCUUGGAGAAACCAGAAUCUCUGGUUCUGAAUUCAGCCAAGUCUAGCAGUGGCAGCUGUCCCGUGGCUGAGGAUGUCUUUGUGCACGUGGACAUGAGUGGAGCCCCUCCUGAUGCCUGCAACAGUGCAGGGCAGAUGGGGAAGGAGGGAGGAGAUGCGGGGAAACAGCAGAACGGUGGCUGCAAGCCGCAGAGCAGUGUGGAAAGCAUGCCAGAGGAGGUGCCUGCCUUUGAGAAGCUAAGCCCGUACCCUACACCCUCACCACCCCAUCCUAUGUACCCUGGGCGCAAAGUGAUUGAGUUCUCGGAGGACAAGGUAAGGAUCCCAAAGAACAGCCCCCUGCCCAACUGUACAUAUGCUACGCGCCAGGCCAUCUCCCUCAGCCUGGUACAGAGCGAAGACGAGAGCUGCGACAGGCACCGAACACUCCCCAACAGCCCUGCUUCAGCCCAGAGCAGCCCGUUCAGCAGCCCUCCCCAAAUCCCGAGCGCCUUCGCCAGCUCUGCCUCCUCCGAGGAGGACCUGCUGGCCAACUGGCAGCGUAUGUUUGUGGACAAGGCACCUCCCACCUCAGAACGAGUGCUGAUGAACCGCACGGCUUUCGGCCGUGACACAGCCCCCGAGCUCAAGAAGAGAUUCAGCCGCUCCAUGCAGGAGCUGGGUAGGGCAGCCUCAGCUUACUCGGAUGGUGAGGAGUCUGCGCAGAGCUGCAGCACUGCUGAGCCUGGAAGCCCCUCGCCAGAGAAGCACAAGGACUAUGUGGACCUCGGUUUGCCUGAGAGCCCAGCUGAGGAGAGAGUAAUGUUGCUCCAGGGAAGCAAGGAGAGCAACCAAGGAGGUGCCCAAGAGGAAAGUGGAGAAGGCAGGGUCAAGCUUCCCUUCAGUCGGCCACAUCGCAGCCCCAAGAGGAUGGGGGUCCACCACUUACAUCGCAAGGACAGUCUGACGCAAGCCCAGGAGCAGGGCAACCUUCUCAGCUGA